AUGUCCCGGAUUGUGCAAUUCCUGGAAACGGGACGCCUGGACUACCAGAAGGCUCUGCGGCUACAGCAGUACUUUGCACGCAAAGGCACCGAUGAGGCGGCCAAGGACUUCCGGAAUGUCCUAAUUUUGACUGAACACGAACCCGUGUACACCAUUGGGAUUCGCGAUGGGGCCUGUACUCCCCAAGACGUGGCAAGACUCCAGAAUCUCGGUGCGGAAUUCCACAAAACAAAUCGCGGGGGUUUGAUUACCUUUCACGGACCCGGGCAGCUUAUUGCCUAUCCCAUUCUCAAUUUACGCAACUUCCAACCAAGUGUCCGGUGGUACGUGUGCCAGAUGCAGCAAACCAUCGUGGAGAUGUGCAAGAAGUUCAACAUUAAUGCCACAACAACCGACGACAUGGGAGUGUGGGUGAAGAAUAAGAAGAUCUGCGCUGUGGGCAUCAAUGUUAGCCGCUAUGUGACCACACACGGGAUUGCCCUCAAUUGCAACACAGACCUCACGUGGUUCCAGCACAUUGUACCCUGUGGACUCGUGGGGAAGGGUGUGACGUCAAUGAGUGAGGAAUUGAGGAGGAAUGUGGAAAUUGGAGAGGUCAUCCCGCACUUCCUUGACAGCUUUGGCAGCACAUUCGAAUGUGACUUGCAGAAAUUUCCCGAUGCUGGGCGUUUUGAUCUCUUCAACUACAUAAAUGACGACGAUGCCCAAUCAAAUGAUAUGGCCAAGAUGAAGCGGAAGCAAUAAAAAGUUUUUUCAUCAGUAUGAGUGGGAGUAGUAGAUGGGGUUGUAUUUGAUGUAUUGCGUCAUGUGGGGAAUGGGAAGCGCCCCCAUUUCGCAUUCCAUGUAGCUCAGGGCAGAACGCCGACGAUUCUCAAUCUCCAGCUGAUUCACACGCAUUGGGUACAUUUCACGAUGGCUCAGCAGUGUCAUGCCCCUUUUGGCCUUAGUCCUCCCAACAUCUUCGGGUGUUAGUACCCGUGGCAGUCGCAAUGGGUUUAUCCUCUUCUCUUUGACUGGCUUAAAUAGAUUAGGCUUCUUCUUGCGCACCUCAUGCACCUCCCGCUGAAUCCGUUUCAGUCGUACCACAAAGUGCGCCGAUUGCCGCCACCACGUUUGGGCACGUUGAUGUGCCUGUGAGCACAACUGCGUAAUUUCAUCCUUGGAAAAAUCCUCCGGAUGAUGCGCAAGAUGCCUCAAGCAUCGACAACGAAUCGGAUCGUAAAGGAGGAAUUUCUUCUCAGCCGAUGAGCAUCGCUGCAGCUGGGAGUGAUUGAGGAAGGACAACGUUGGGGUACUGAGGCGAUUUAUCUGUGAUUUGAAAGAGAAUUAAUAAAAGAAAAAU